UGUAGCAAGAAAGUCUUAACAAUCUUCAUUCGUAGAACGUCACGCGGAAGUGAUUCACUGAUUCUUGUGCCAGAAAAUGCAAGUUUGCAAACUGCCGUGGUGAGAAAAGUGAGUGUCGUUAUCUCGAAAGUUUCUUGAGCCCGGUGAAUGUCGUGAAAUUCCUCGAGUAGCGCUCACUGGGUGGGCAAUUGAUUUUCAAAGUGACCGUCGGGUACGAACGAAUGAACGGCUCUGACGCGUUGGUACGAAUAGCAGCCAACGCUGCCAAAGUUAGAUCUAUUCGAAUACUGUCGAGUAAAAGUUUUGUGAAGCUACGUUAAAAAAAUAUAGUGCAAAGGAGUUCGGAUCACCAACUUUUCGCUCCUCCUAUAUUCUUUAUUCUAACAUCUCUGUCAGGGAUGUCACGAGACUAUGAUAGACGAAGAGGAGGUAGCGGUGGUGGUAGCAGUUCUAGUAAGUUAAGGAUGGAUACCAAUGUAUCACAACCUAGACCUCAUGGUGAAAAUUCAGGAAAACGGAGAGAAUUAGAUAGUGUAAUGCGGAAAGCUCGCGAAUCUCAAUCAAGUUAUUGGAAUAAAAAACUAUUGGAGGUAGAGGAGCGAGAUCCAAAUAGAUGGAGACAUAGUGGAUACAAGGAAUUAUAUGUUGGUGGCACAGCAAGUGGUGAACCUAGCAGAGCACAUCCUCGAAGCCCAAGAAGUCCCAGACCUAGAAGUCCUCAUAUCCCAAGACCACGUAGUCCUCGAACUAGAAGUCCGCGUUCACCUCGUGAUAGAUCACAUACUAGAGGAAGACCUACUCGCAGUCCAAGCACAGGGAGUACCUGUUCUGACCGAUCAUGCAGUGUCUGUUCACCAAAAGAACGACGACGCAUUGCUCAGCCUUCUCGUUCGCGUUCAAGAUCACUUACGCCAAUUCGACCUCGAGCACAUCCGAAAGAAGUUAUACCAUCUAGUUCACGAAUAAUACCAACUCGAACUAGACCACGAUCACCUCCUUUACCACGUCCACGUACACCUCCACCUACACCACAGCCUCCUCCACGUCACCAAAAGGAUUACAAGACAGUUAAAGAAAAAGAAACGAAAGUGCGGCGUAAAGAAAAACAUCAUGCUAGAAUUCCAGAAGAUCCACGGGUUCCAGAUCCCAUUCCAUUGAUGCGUAAACCUGUAAAGGUAGAAAAAACUCAUUCAAGUCAUGGAUCAGCUCAAAUGAUUAGGCCUGCACCUGAAUCCUCACCUAGCGAAGACAGUGAUAGUUCUUCCACAACAUCGCAUGUUGGUCCACCUAGAAUGACAUUAUCAGAACGAUUUGGCAAAAUGGCACAGUGGAGUGUAGAUCGUAGGGACAUGGAAAACAUGAGAAUCACAAAAGAUGGAGAAAACGCAAUGAAAGUUGUAAUAGAGGGUGAAGAAAGAAUUGCAAGAUUAGGAUAUGAUUCUCCACCACCAGGGCAUUAUCCUGAAUCACUUUUAGCACAAGGACCAAGAGGUCUUGAAUGUUGGGAUGAUGUCCGUGUUAGAUAUGAUUAUUAUAAAGCAAGAGGAUAUCUUCGAGAUCUUACUUUAGAUGAUUAUAUAAAAUGGGAAGAAUGGUGGUAUAAAUAUCAAGAAUGGUUAGAGGCAGAACGCUUUUAUGAACAAUGGGCCUCUUCAAACCGUCCUUCCGGUGGCAGUCGCAAGAGACGUGGGCGACGCAAUAACGCAGCUCAUUGAAAUUUCGUAAGCCCGUUAUAGAUCAUACUUGAUUCAUAGACAUUGUCAUUAAUAAAAUAUAUUGUAAUAUUUGUUGUGCUUAGAAAGGAGUGCAAAAAGUAUGUACACGCUCUAUACAGGCAUACAUGCAUUCAUAUAAAAUCCAUGCUCC